AUGUGUGUCUCUCAUCCAGACGAGGAAGAACCCAUCGCGGCACCCAAGGGGGGUCACAAGAGGAAUCUGAGCAAUGGGACCCCAGAAAAUUCCCCAUUGAGACGAACAAAGCGCCAAAAGUCGCGAGUCAGUCUAAAGGAGGCAUCUUCCGAAGAAGAAGAAUCAGAGCCCGAGGUCAAACCAAAGGCAUCACGAGCGAAGAGACUACCGGCCAAGUCUUCCGUCAAAAAGGAAGAGGCUGAUGAUACAGAAUCCUCGCCUGCCAUCAAGAACGACGAAGAGCAGGCUCCAAAGGCAGAAGAAGAAGAAAAGCCUAUCAGCAAACCAAAGGCCAAGGCUGUGACUACCUCCGCAAAGAAAGCAGCGCCUGCCAAACGCGGAAAGAAGACCAAAGAAGAAAAGGACGCCGAAGCCAUGCCUCUGGCUCCCCGAACACCCGGUCUACGAAUGUUCGUUGGUGCUCAUGUCAGUGCUGCAAAGGGCGUUUUCAACUCAAUCCAUAACAGCGAACAGAUUGGUGGCAACGCAUUUGCCCUAUUUUUGAAAUCCCAGCGAAAAUGGGACAAUCCACCUCUCCAAGAUGAGCACCGGGAUCAGUUCCACAAGCUUUGCGCCGAGAAGAACUAUGACGCUGCCAAAUACGUUCUGCCUCACGGAUCUUACCUCGUGAAUCUAGCCCAAUCCGACGAAACCAAAGCCAAACAGGCCUAUACCUCUUUCGUCGACGAUCUCCGCCGCUGCGAAGCUCUCGGUAUCAAACUAUACAACUUCCACCCGGGAAGCACAAACGGAGAACCCCUCCCAGAAGCCCUAUCCCGACUCGCAGGCGCCCUAAUAUCCGCAAUCAAAGAAACAAGCACCGUAAUCCCGGUUCUAGAAACGAUGUGCGGCCACGGCAACACAAUCGGCGGCUUCCUCUCCGAAUUCAAAGAUCUCCUUGCUCUGAUUCCUGAGGAGCACCAUUCCCGCAUUGGAAUCUGCAUCGACACAUGUCACAGCUUCGCCGCAGGCUAUGACCUCGUCACCCCGGAAGGAUUCAAGGCCUUCCUUGCCGAAUUUGACGAGUUGAUCGGGAUCCGGUUUCUGCGCGCUUUGCAUCUGAAUGAUUCUAAAGCACCGAAGGGGAGUAGGCGUGAUUUGCACGCGAAUAUCGGGACUGGAUUCCUUGGUCUGCGCGCUUUUCAUAAUGUUAUGAAUGAGGAGAGGUUUCAGGAUAUGCCUAUGGUUUUGGAAACGCCUAUUGACCGGGCUGAAGGGGGCGAUGAGGAUGAAGGUGGUGCGAAGAAGAAGAAUUCCAAGAGGCCGGCUGGUGCGUCUGCGGCUACGGUGCCUGAUCCUGGUGUUUGGGCGCGCGAGAUCAAGCUGCUUGAGUCGCUUAUUGGGAUGGAUGCUGAAGGAGAGAAGUUCCGGGAGUUGGAGAGGAAGUUGGCGGAGGAGGGGGCGGAGAUGAGGAAGGCCCAGCUGGAGCAGUAUGAGAGGAAGUUGGAGACUGAGAAGAAGAAGGAGGCGAAGGGGAAAGGGAAGCAGAAGAGUUUAACCGAUAUGAUAAAGGGUGGGGGGGAAGAAGGAUUGAAUUGA